AAUGGGGGCGGAGGCGCUCAGGACGACCUCGCGCUGCCCCUCGGCAUGUCGUUCGCGGCCGUUCUCGCGCGGGUUGUGAAUUCAAGCAAUGGUCCAGGGGAAAGAUUGCAUCCGGUCAUCCUUUCCAAGAUCUGUACCUCAGCAGUGCAGGAGUCUUUAGCAAAUACAUAUGGUGACAGGUUUGACAGUUUCAUGAGAAACUUCGAGAAUUCGUUUAGCAGCACAUUGAGGACGCUUCAUCGUAUUAAUGAGAUACCUGACUAUGAGACAAGUCCUGCUCCUGAAUGUUCUUUUAAGCACGGAGGCUCUGCAGCUGUAGGCAACAACUUGAGCACUGUUGAUUCGCAAAACCGGACACAUGAAGUUAUUGUGAGUUCAGUAGAAAGUCAACUUGUUCUUUAUGCCAGAGACAGUCAGCAGCUGGCUCAAUCUGCUCGUAGCAGAUCCUCUCAUGAAGCUGAUCGGUCCAUUCUUAAUGCAUUCGAGAGGUCGGUUAAGGAGCAAGCUCGUUCAAACGAGCUAAAGGAAUUUGAGAUUGGGCUUAACAUGAGAAAGCUGCAACUUAAGCAGUCCCAGUUAGCUCUUAGCUCCUACACACAUAUGUUAGAGAAGAUCAAAUUAUCUCUAGGAUUUCAGAAAGCUUCUUUCCAAGAGGAGAAAUUCCAGACAAAGAUGCAGGACACCAGAGACGCGCAGAUCCUCAGAACACUUACAGAUUUUCUUGUUAGUGCGGUAAUAAUUAUGUCAGUGUUUUUCGCAUAUGGGACUUACAUUUAUUCCUACGAACGGAUAACUGAUAUUACGUCAGCUUGCUCAGCUGCUUCGAGGGGAUCCAAAUCGUGGUGGGUGCCUAGUUCAGUGUCAAACCUUAACUCUGGGUUGCUCUUUAUCAGAUGUCAUCUAAUAGCAGCAACACGCAUGUUCUUUGGUAUAGUAAUGAUUCUGGCAAUUGCUUGGUUAGCGUUCCAGCGUUCUGCAUUGACUGGAUCAAGUAUGCCUGUAACUUUCAAUUUCAUUCUGUUGGGAGUUAUUUGUGGCUUUGCGGGUAGGUUUUGCGCCAACACUCUAGGUGGAGAUGGAAACGUCUGGCUCAUGUGCUGGGAAGUCCUUUGUUCGAUUCAUUUACUUGGAAACUGUUAUCCAUCCAUUUUGUAUCGCAUCCUUCAUGGUGCUAUUACAACAGCGCGCGGCAACGAGGUUGUCUGGUUGCCGUACUGGGUUCGCCGGUGCAUAUUUUAUGCUGUGCUGGGAUUUGUUGUCCCAGCUUUCACUGGCCUACUACCAUUUGCUUCUGUUUCCGACUGGAAGGACCAUUUUUCUGACCAGAUAAAGACCUUCAUCAUUGGUGACAAAGUUGAAGACUGAAGUAUUUUGGAUGCAGUAUCUGGCACAGUCCUCUUGUAUUUCUGCCAGUAAGGUGUCCGAAUAAACCUUUUGGAUUUCUGGAGAAGUAAGGUUUACCAAGGUGUUCCACCAAGGGAAUGAAAUGUUGGAUGUGAGUUGUGAUGGCAUUGGUACAAAGACACACGCGUUGGCAUGUGUUCGAUAAAAAGUUGAUGGCAUUGUUGAAUUGUGAAAGAAGAAGAAUUGAACUUCUCAAAUAGCAACAGGCCUCCCUAUCUUACCCUGCUGGCCUCCAUCCUUGGCUGUAAGUUGGUGACCGGUGGUAUCAUAACACUUUCAACUUCCAAGCCAAAGCUUUACAUGGUGCAAGCUAAAUCAUUGUAGUGAACAUGUGACCUUGAGAUCAGAUACGGGUAUCAAUGGCUUCAAUGUUACCAUUUUUUUUCACUGUGCAAGGUCACAGUAUAGUGUAAGAGUGCAGACCGGUUAAUUACCACCUUCGGUAGUUAUGGUCUUCUGUUUUUUUUUCCUGGAAUGUGGUUUUUCUUGCCGCAUUCCUUAUGUACAUAAAUAUCA